GUCUCCGCGCUAAGCUUCGCCUACCAAUGCUUCGGCUCGAUGCAACCACUCAAAACCUUGCAUGUCGAUUCAAGCUUUAUUAAGAAAUGAACCGGGGGCGUGGCAGUGCUUAGCAAUGGACCCCGAUUGUGUCGACGUUAUCGGGGGCUAUGAUGCACUAUGCAGAGAUGCGGUCUGAGGAACUUAGAUCAGUCUUCGGCGGUCCAGAGAUAUAAGGCGGACAAUUCUCUCUUCCCGAGGUCAUCUUCGAUCCUCACCACGGCCCCAACUCCCCUACUUCUUUACCACUUCGCCCGUCUUUUCUAGCUCACAAUGGCCUUUGUAAUCAGAGCCGUAACCAAAGGCAUCUCUACGGGCCUUGGUCUGGCGGGCGAAAAGUACUACGACCACAAGGAAAGGAAGGCUGCCCUCGCAGAAGGGGAGGAGUCGGGGAACCCCUCGAGCAGCGCCUCCGACGUUGACCAAUCCCUCCGUUCACAGAAUCCUGCAGAGCAAGCAGACGAGAGUGCAGACGAUGAGCGCAUCUGGGCUCUCGACGAAGCGGGCGGCGACCCACCACCGAGCUACGAGGCUACCGAAUCGCAGAAUCGCCCCACCCAGCACCGAACAGUGUCAGAUCUUGUCCACGACACUGUCUCAGUAAUGCAUCAUGACUCUCCGGGCGAGGUUGCACAGAAAGCGCGUCUUCCCUAUCCUGUCAUCAUCCCUCAACGUCGCCCUGGUACCAAGACUCGAGGCUUUGCGCGCGCGUACCCACCAGACCUCGACGCCAUGAUUGACCAAGAAACGUUCUUGAAGUUUCUGCACAACUUCGAUGAGGCCUCUGCGGCCUCACCUUGGCUCAAUGCGCUGUUCAUCUCCGCCGGCGCUAUCGGCUUUGUACCCAGCCACAUUACUCUGGCUGUCUCGAUCAGUGUGCAGUUCGCCGCAGGGACUGCGAUAGAGCUCCAGAGCCGAUACAAGGCAAACGCCUUCCUCGACCAGAUGAACAAGGAUCUUUUCAUGCCCCUAGGCCUAUACUGCAUGAUCCUCAUGUGCAAGGACGGGCCCGGCUCAGCGGAGCACCCAGUCUUCGGCUACGAAACGGUGAACCUCGACACAGCAACAGCGAAGCAGAUCACCAAGUGGGGGCUCCCAAAGCAGAACGAAGACGACGAGUACGAAAUCUCCAAGAAGAACAAGGCCCUCCGGUCCAUCCGCCUUACAUCCGGCCGCAUCAAACAGUCGGAUAUGCCCCUCGAGAUAGCUCCGCUCAUCUACCCGGGCCUGGAAGACAUGAUCGAGCGCCCUGCCAUCAAGCGCGACGAACGCUUCAAGGACCGCCUGCUACGCAACAAAGACUUCGUCGCAGACUACUUCGACCGCCGCGCCCAAGCCGACUACACGGGUAACAACCCCGACUCCACCCUCACAAAAGCCUCCUCCCCGGAGACCCAAUUCCGGACCCGCUUCGCCGACCCAAACCACCCCUGCAACAACGGCCAUCUCUUCUCGCUCGUCACGGGCGGACGCUACGUCGCACAGCCGCUUGGGCGGCGACGCGGCAUGCUACGGCAGGUUGGCGAAGACGGCAAACUGAAGCCGAAGCCUAAGGUGGAGAGGCCUGUUCGCGGGCCUAUUAGCCUUGUUGCGAAGGGCGUGCGCAAGGUGCUGGCGAAGAAUAUCUUGUACUUGACUAUUGUGAAUUUGCCGAGCGAGGAGGAGUUGGCUGAGGCGAGGAAGAUGAUGGAGGUGGAGAGUGAGAGUGGCGGGUUUAAGAGUAUGUUUCAGGGGUCGAAGGGUGCGCAGGGUGUGGCUGAGUGAGCGCGCUGCGCUGCGCUGUGCUGUGCUGCUUGGCCGCUGGGGGGGAGAAGCAUG